ACGGAAUGUCUCCUUACUACGGAGUAACAUUUUAGACAAUUCACAAUUCCUAGCUUAAAGAAUGGCCUUCUCUUCAAAUUAAAAUACAUACCCGAAAUAUCUACCUAGUCGAGUGGAGUGGACUAGUACUAAAGUGUAUAGCUGUAACCCUUCAAUUUUACCAGAAACUUCCUCCUUACCUUACCUCUCCUCUGCUUUCUUUAUAUCUCCGCUUACUCAAAACUCAAAACCCCUAUCUUCUUUCUUUCUUUCUUUUUCUCAAGAAAACAGAGCCACCAUCUAUGUCUAUGUCUAUGUCUAUGGCUUCCUCUAAGCUCCUCCUUGCAUGCUUUUCUCUCUUCCUAUCUCUUUCAACGGUCUCAGUAACAUCCCAACAAUUACUCCCUUUAACCCACUCACUCUCCAAAACUCAAUUCUCCUCUGCCCAUCACCUCUUGAAGUCUACCGCCACCAUCUCUGCUGCUCGACACCGUCGCCAUACAAACAGAAAACGAGUAUCUCUUCCUCUCUCUCCUGGAAGCGAUUACACGCUUACCUUCACCCUCAAAUCCCAAACCUUCUCUGUUUAUAUGGAUACUGGAAGUGAUAUGGUUUGGUUCCCUUGUUCUCCCUUUGAAUGCAUCCUCUGUGAAGGCAAGUACCCCCCUGGCUCCCUUUCCCCUCUCAACGUUUCCAAAUCCUCUCUCCUCUCCUGCAAGUCUCAUGCUUGUUCUUCCGCCCACUCUUCCCUCUCCUCCUCUAACCUGUGUGCCAUCGCAAAGUGUCCUCUUGAUGAAAUCGAAAUCUCAGACUGUUCCAAUUUCAGUUGCCCCUCUUUCUACUACGCUUAUGGAGACGGUAGCUUGAUUGCUGAGUUACACAGUGAGACUCUACUUAUGCCUUCCACCUCUAACAGUAAGCCCUUGAAUCUAAAGAAUUUUACCUUUGGUUGUGCUCACUCUACUCUAGGUGAACCCAUCGGAGUUGCUGGCUUUGGCAGAGGCUCUCUCUCUCUUCCAGCCCAAUUAGCUAACUUAUCCCCUGACUUGGGUAACCAAUUUUCUUAUUGUUUGGUUUCUCACUCCUUUGACUCCACCAAACUCAGACACCCAAGUCCCCUCAUUCUCGGCAAAUACAAGGAGACUGAAAUCGAUCAAGUUUCUGAAUAUGUCUACACUCCCAUGUUGGAAAACCCCAAACAUCCUUACUUCUACUCGGUUGGGUUGGAGGCAAUAUCUGUUGGAAGUCGACGGAUUGAAGCACCGGAGAAUUUGAGGAGAGUAGACAGACAGGGAAACGGGGGAGUUGUGGUGGAUAGUGGGACCACGUAUACGAUGUUGCCAAGCAAGCUGUACAAGGCGGUGGCAGUAGAAUUGGAACGGCGAAUAGGAAAGGUGUUAAAGCGGGCAACGGAGACAGAGUCGAUGACAGGAUUGAGGCCCUGUUUUUAUAUGCAUGGUAGGAAAGGGAGGUUGGGGGUAGUGAUUCCAUCGUUGGCGUUGCAUUUUGGGAGGAAUUCGAGUGUGGUGCUCCCCAGGAGAAAUUACUUUCACGAAUUUAUGGAUGGUGGGGAUGACAAGAAGAAGAAGAGCAAGGGUAGGAAGAUGGGAUGCUUGAUGAUGAUGGACGCUGGAGAAGAAGAGGAGGAGGAGAGUGGGCCCGGGGCUACGCUCGGAAAUUAUCAACAGCAAGGUUUUGAGGUGGUUUACGACUUGGCGGAGCGCCGGGUGGGGUUUGCCCGCAGGGAGUGUGCAACUUUGUGGAAUAAUUUGAACCAGCACUAACGUGCGCCUGGGGGCUGGGGGAGUUGACUUUUUGUAAUUGUGUCAACGCCAAUAAACUAUUGGCCGCACGUGAAGCUCAAGGUUAAGCUUGAUGAUGGAUUUAAUGAGUUUGCACUAUGAAGUAAAUUACUCACUACUCAGUCAUUUUCGUUUGUGCAGAUAGGUAAGUGGUUCCAAUUUCCAAUGGGUAAUAAUAGCAACAUCAACAGGAAAGACGUGUUUCGGUGUUUGUAUAGAUUUUCUCUUUUCCUUGUAACCAAGUAUUGUACAUUUGUACUUUUGUAAUUAUCUUUUAGGUUUUUAUCUUCAGCUGUUAAUUCAGGCACUUAAUUUUUUCAUGAA